AAACUGGUGCUGCUGCUUUCAGACGUUACCCAGACGAGCCUCCUUUGUACAGAGACCACUACGAUGGCCACGCCCCCUACAACAGUAGCUAUGGUAACGGCUACGGCGACGGCAGGAGGACGACUCGGAGACGGCUGCUUCCGGCCACGCCCACAGGUCGGAAACCGUCGUUCAACAUCCAGUGUCUGAGGAGGCAGGGCAGCAGCGACGACCUGCCCAUCCCUGGGACCUACCACCCCACGUCACCGCCACGCCGCACACGCCCACAGCAGAUGUUCAACAGCUACGAGUCCCGUCACUCCUCCGGCCGAUCCUCGGCGGCGUCCUCGGCGUCCUGGGCGAAUCCCUGUCCUCGGCGUGGUCGGCUCCUCUACGCCCCCCUGAUCCUGGUGGAGGAGGAGGGAAGUCCACCGUGGGGGGGAGGAGCUGGAGGGGAGGGCAAGAAGGGAGGAGCAGGAAGAGGUGUCAGUGUGACGGGUGCAGCUCCCAGACCGGCCUGGUACGGUGGCCCUGCAGGGACAUCAGCUCCGCCCCCCUACCGGGCCUACACCACCCUCAGAGUUCCUUCUCAGCUGGGAGCUCAGCUCACGGAGAAGCGAGGAUCGGCCGACAGCCUGGUGGAGGCGGUUCUGAUCUCGGAGGGCCUCGGACUUUACGCUCGGGAUCCCAAGUUUGUGGCGUUUGCCAAGCGGGAGAUCGCCGACGCGUGUCACAUGACGGUGGACGAGAUGGAGUCGGCCGCCAGCGACCUGCUCGGUUCCGGAACUCACAGUUUCCUGAGCAAUGCCGGCGCCGCCGACCCGGCAGCACUGUACAGCGAUGAGGAGCCAAUCAGGACGGGCCACGAUGAGGAUGAACUGGCAGACGAGAUGACCUGUGUGACAUCAUUCUAAAGCUCUGGACCAAUCAGGGAUGGGCUGAGGAGGGCGGGGCAUCCGUCAUCAACAGGAGUGAUAAUUGGACUUUGACGGACAGGACAACUGACCAGUCAGAGAAGGGAGGCGGGGCUUAAGGCAGAAUUGAUCAGAGUUAACAAUGGGGACCAAACACUGCGAGCUAGGAGCAGAUGAUCAAGCUGUUAGCUUUGCACAGUUCAGACAGAGUUACUCCAAACUAGCUAAACAAAAUUGAUCUCCUGCCUCAGAGUUUAGCUCUUAGCAUCAUGCUAACUAAACCUAAACAAUAAAAAAAAUAAAUCUACAGAAACAACCCUGAAGCUGUCUGACACUGAUGAAGCUAACGGCUAGCUAGCUCCACUGCUAAUGCUACUGCUUGUUAGCUGCUGUUGCACCACUGCUGCUCCAGGUUCCACUGUUUGGUUUCAGCACAACAAACAACAACGUUAGUUCUUUUUUCUUUUCUGGUUGAUAAUUAAAAAUAAAAAUUUGUUGGAUUUUUAUGUUUUUUGAUUUUAAUGAUAAAAUGCAGAAGUAAAAACAACCACGUAAAAAUAAUAACCAUCCCUACAUGAAAACAAUCCAGCUGUAUGUUGGUUAUAUAAAUAUGAACCAAAAGAAGAGAAUUUCUUGUUUCAUAUUCAUUUCUUCUUCUGUCAUUGAAUUGCUGACAUCAAACUGUAAAAAUGUACAAGAACCUUCGUGUUCCAAAAUAAAUAUGGAAACUUAUUUCCAACAGUAAAAGAACAGAUUUGUAAUAGAAACAUUCACAUUAAGUGAAAAAUGUCAUGUUCCAAAGUGAAAUUAUGACGUGAAAAUGGAGUUUUAAGAUAAACAUUCAAACUUUUGACCAAGAAACUCAAAGUUCUAUUGCAAAAAUGAAAAAACUAAAGAAAUUUUACGAUCAACAUUGUUGAGACAUUUUUAUAAGAUUUAUCUUCUGAUUUGUCAAAAAAAUAUGAUGUAAAAUGUGUAAAUUUUAUGAUAAACUUUAUAUAAAUGUAUUAUUAUGAUUUGUCUCAUAGGUGACCUAGGAAGUCAGAAUUACAUAUUGUAAAAAAACUAAAUUUACACUAGACAUUGUUAAUAAGCUUUUACUUUGAAUUUGUUAAAUGAAAGUGUGAAAAAUGUCAAUUUUGCGACAAAAAAUUAAACACAGAUAUUUUCUCAAGAUUUGUUGUUUAAUUUAUCCUGAAAAUCACAAUUAUGAGGUAAAAACUGGAAAUUUGGUCAACAUGGGAAGAUUUUUCACAACAGAAAGUCAAAAGUAAAGAUUUAAAUGACUUACUGACAGAAAUGAGCUUCCAUAGAAUAUUUACUGUGAGAAAACUUGAGAAAAGAUGUGAAAGAGUCUGAGAAAAGGAUUGCUUGUGUCUGAUUAGAUUAAUAGCAUGAAUGAGCCGAACUUCAUGUUGUGGAGUUUUAAAACGAGGCCUGAGUUGCUGAGCUUCCUGCUGUGUGUGGAACUUUGUGUUUUAUUAACAUAUAUUUUUAUUCUCAAAACUGUUGUCCACAAACUAUGAACUGAAAAGACUUUUUUUGUCUCUUUUUUAUUUGCCAGUGUUUGUUCACUGUGUUCAGCUUUUCUUAUUUAAAUGUCUGAUGUUUUUUAUUGACUCUGACAGAGAGGACUGCAUCUUGGUGGUAUUUUUGUCUCGUCUGAACUCUUGUGUUUCCGUUUUUUUUUUCCAUUUUGCUUUCCGACAUUUUGGACAGUUUCCCAGCAGUUAAGGGCUUCUUGAUUCCUCGCCUGGAUUUCUCCCCAAAUACCUCCUGACAUGUUGAGAACUGAAUGUUCAGCUGAGAAACACCUCUGACUGAACCUUCAUUUACCUCGAAUAAAGAUUGAAAACAA